AUGGGGUGUGUCAGCUCGAAGCAAGCGGUAUCGGUGACGCCGGCGAUUGACCACUCGGGCGCGUUUCGGAGCAAUGCGGCGGGUCUGGGCGAGUCGGAGAGGAAGGAGAAGAAGAGGAGCAAGAAGAGGACCGAGUCGGGGGGAGCGAGUCAGAGCGAGGUAGGAGAGUCGGGCAGAACGAGUUCCAAUUGCGAGUCCCUCAGCUUCAGGUUGGGAAACCUUCACAAGUACGUGCAGGGAGAACACGUGGCUGCCGGCUGGCCGGCGUGGCUCAGCGCCGUCGCUGGCGAAGCCAUUCACGGCUGGGUCCCCCUCCGCGCCGAUGCCUUCGAAAAACUCGAGAAGAUAGGGCAGGGAACGUAUAGUAGUGUGUUUCGGGCGAGGGAGCUUGAGACGGGGAAGAUAGUGGCAUUGAAGAAGGUGCGGUUCGACAAUUUCGAACCGGAGAGUGUCCGGUUCAUGGCGCGUGAAAUAUUGAUUCUGCGACGGCUUGAUCAUCCCAAUGUAAUAAAGCUUGAGGGCUUGAUUACUUCAAGGCUCUCCUGUAGCAUUUACCUCGUCUUUGAGUACAUGGAGCAUGACAUCACAGGGCUCUUGUCUUCCCCUGAUAUCAAGUUCACUGAACCACAGGUUAAGUGCUACAUGAAGCAGUUGUUGGCUGGGCUUGAGCAUUGUCACUUGCGGGGAGUGAUGCAUAGGGACAUUAAGGGGUCUAAUCUUUUGGUGAAUAAUGAAGGGGUUUUGAAGGUGGCGGAUUUUGGGUUGGCGAAUUAUGUUAGUUCUGGGCACAGGCAACCUCUAACUAGUCGUGUCGUUACCUUGUGGUACCGGCCACCAGAGCUUUUGCUUGGUUCGACGGACUAUGGUCCGGCCGUGGAUCUUUGGAGUGUUGGCUGUGUUUUUGCGGAGCUGCUUGUGGGGAAGCCUAUACUUCAGGGGAGAACGGAGGUUGAACAAUUGCACAAAAUUUUUAAGCUCUGUGGCUCCCCACCUGAUGAAUACUGGAAAAAGACUAGACUUCCUCAUGCAACGUUAUUUAAGCCACAGCAGCCAUAUGAUAGUUGCCUUCGACAAUUCUUUAAAGAUUUGCCAGCGACCAGUGUACAUCUGCUACAAACUCUUCUUUCUGUAGAACCCUACAAACGAGGAUCUGCUGCAUCUGCUCUCUCAUCGGAGUAUUUCAAAACGAAACCUUAUGCAUGUGACCCAUCAAGCUUGCCGAUAUACCCACCUAGCAAGGAAAUCGAUGCAAAACACAGGGAAGAGUCAAGGAAAAAGAUUAGUGGACGAGUUCGUGGAACUGAAACAAGAAAACCAUCAAGAAAGCCACUGGGAUUCAGUAAACUAGCCCCAGCAGAGGAUUUGGCAAGUCAAACUCAGACUGCCCAGAAGUUCAAUGGUAAAUCUUUCCGCAACCAUGAUGAAGACAAGACUAAAAUAGUUGACAGAGUACAGAAGCCAUCCAGCGGUAAAGCUGAAGAUGCUUCCCAUACGAAGAAUGCUUCUCAAGGAGAUAUUCCCCUUUCUGGACCAUUACAAGUUUCAACAUCAAGUGGAUUUGCAUGGGCAAAAAGCCGGAAAGAUGACACCUCAUUUCGAUCCCAUUGUCGAACUAUUUCCAGGGGACAUAUUUUCAAUCCAUUAGAUACUUCUACAAUUAGUUCAAGGAAUAUUUUGGAUACUACAAACCAGGAAAAUAAGGAGUUUUGUGGGGGAUGCGUCAAUUCUAGGGGCCAUGACCUGCUUGAAAUUUCUAAGCUUUCAAUGCAGAAUCAAUGGAGUAAGUUUGAUCGCCCAGAUUCAUUUGAUGCUUCAGAUGAGUACCAUUCACAAGAACUGUCUAUGGCCCUUUAUCACAGAGAAGAUUCAGCAUCCAAGAGAAGUAACCUGAGUUUUCAAGAUCAAGGAGAAAAGGUUGAAUUUUCUGGGCCCCUGCUAUCUCAAAUGCACACAGUUGAUGAGCUCUUGGAAAGGCACGAGCGUCACAUCCGGCGAACUGUGCGGAGAUCAUGGUUUCAGAGAGGUAAGAAGACGGGGAAGUAA